AUGCGUCUCGUCUCGCUCGCCCUCCUCCUCUCCGUCGCCGUGGCGCUGCCUUCCGCCGAGAAGUCCUGCUCGGGCGUCGGCUUCCCCUGCGGUAACGCGACCGUGAACGCCUACGACUGCUGUGUCCCUCUCGUCUGUGCCCCGGGCGCGUGGCUGAAGCUGAUGGAACCAGCAACCGGUUUGCCGACAGCCUCGUCGUCAUUAAUCUGCUACGGAUGCGGAAACGGGAAGUGUGUGACCGUGAAGGAUAAGCUGGGGUGCGGCUGUGCUGUGUUUCGCCAGUCGUCGCGUCAGAAGCCGGAUACCGGUACCCAUGGAUGGGCAGAGGGGCAGAGGGGCAGAGUGUUCGAGGCGAUCGAUGGCGGCCGGAGGGCGGACAGGGCUCCUGACGUCUUGUACUUAGUAGAUUAA